ACUUCUGGUUUCAACAGGACGGGGCUACAUGCCAUACAGCUCGACCAACAAUCAAUUUAUUGCGACCAUUUUUCCCCGGGCGAUUGAUAUCGAAAAAUGGUGAUGUUGACUGGCCACCGAGAUCACCAGAUUUGACGCCACCAGACUUUUAUUUGUGGGGUUAUUUGAAAUCCAAGGUAUACGCUAAUAAGCCAAAGACCUUAGCUCAACUGAAAGCCAACAUUCGACGUGAAACAGCCGCCAUAUCAUCCGAAACAUUGGCCAAAGUCAUGGAAAAUGUCGAAAAAAGAGUGCAUUUAGCUGUCAAAGCUAAAGGUGCCCAUUUACGCGAUCUAAUUUUUAAAUAUUAGCUGAAACAAAUCCUCUUGGACCAAAAUAAAUUAUUUUUGAAAUGAACAAAAAACAUUGUUUUCUUUUGUUCUUUUUUUUUAGAAACAAAUGGGUCAACUUUAAAUGGCCCUGUAGUUAUUAUACAAAGUGUGUUCUAAAGUAAACAGGACUUUUUGAAUCUAGCUCCCCCUAGUCAUUUAUAAGUCGACAUAAACGAAACGUUUCAAUUGAUGAAACAAGUUUUUGGUGAUGAUUUCCUCUCCCUUAGCAGAGUGCACGAGUGAUUCCAACGUUUUCAAAGUGGUUGUGAGGACAUAAAUGACGAUCAACAUGUGAGCCAAUCAAAAUCCUUGAUCACCGGAAAUUCCAUCGCAACUGUUCUUGAGUUCAUCAAAAAUCAGCCGAAAUCUUCAUUGAAAUUCAUGGAAAUGGAAUUGAACAUCUCCAAGACAUCGAUUUAUCGCAUUUUGACCCAACAUUUGGGUUUACGAAAGGUUUGUGCACGGUUUUAUUCCGCACAAAUUGACUGACGACCAAAAAUUGCUCAGAAUCCAACAUUCGAAGGACAUCAUUGAAGAGGUCAAAAAGGACAAAAACUUCCUUUACAAUAUUGUGACUGGUGACGAAACGUGGUGUUUUCAAUAUGAUCUCGAAACGAAACGCCAGAGUGCUGAAUGGAAGGCACCUGACGAGACGAAAACCAAAAAAUCGCGCAUGGAGAACUCAAAAGUGAAGACAGUGCUGAUUUGUUUUUAUGAUUCCAAGGGUAUUGUCCACAAAGAAUUUAUUCCCCUCGGCCAAAAGAUUAAUGCGGUAUUCUACCUUGUAGUUUUGGAGCGGUUGGUGCGCCGUAUUCGACAUGUUCGGGCCGAAUAUCGCCAAGAUGAAAGUUGGCGUUUGUUGCACGAUAAUGCGCCGUCUUAUCAAUCGACGCUUGUGACCGAUUAUUUCACCAAAAAUCACAUUUUAACCAUUCCCCGUAUUCACCUGAUAUGGCACCAUGCGACUUUUUUAAAUAAAUUGAUUUUGCCGAAAACGCCCCUUGUAUUAUUCAAUCCUGAAAAUCACGCGCUGAACUUUCUUCAAUAUGUUUGAAAUUUUCUUAAACUAACUCAAAAUCAGAGUCGAAUGCUAUUAUUUGUAAAUAUAUAAACUAUUUUUAAUAGUUUGUUUUCAGUUUUGAUAUUUUAUAUUAUGAAAAAUUGUAAUUGAAAACUUAGAUAUAUACAAAUCUAUAUAUGCGUAUUGAGCAAUGGCAAAAUUGUUCAAAUAAAAACAAACAAAGAUGGCUGAUUUCUACGGGCUCAACUUUUGACAAAUUUUGCUCGCUAUGGGCGGCAACUGAGGAAGGGAGGAGCGGAAUUCGCUGUUCCUGCUAUAAGGGUGUGAUCGUUGUGAAAUUACUGCUAUAGUGUUAACUUUGAUGAGAAAGCAUUAAACGCGAGAAUUCUGGCAAACACUACCAAAGUCACACUUUCUAUCGGUAAAUUGUUGCGCAACACUAGAGUAACAAACGCAACGUAAACAUUUUGGAUGCGCGAUAAGAUGGAGGAUGAAUUGUAAGUGAUUUUUUUAUUAAAUAUUAAUUUUAUAUUUGGUAUAAAAUAUUAGUGUAAUAAAAUAUGUCAUCAGGAUAUCAUCAGGUGAUACAGUCACAAGUCUUUAAAAUUAAGAUUUUAAAGUAGAGACAAUUUUUGUGUUUUUGCAAUUCAGUACGUAACAGUCACAAUUGAAAACGAUCAUGUCUAAUCAACUUUUAUUUUAUUAUUUAGACAUGUAUUUACACAUCAAUGAAAGUAAACAAGUCGAUAACAAAUUUAAAAUUUUCUAUAAAACAGUCAAAAAGCAUAUUCACAAAUAAAAAUAAAUGUUGACUUUGUUUCAGAAUAUUUACGAAAUUUGUGGUGAAAUUGAAUUAUUUUUAACUUUUCGGUAUGGGUUGCAUACAAAAUAUAAAAAAACGACAAUCGAUUAAUAUCUAUGAUUAUCUCUAUAAAUGGCUUGGCAGUAUAUUCCAAAUGGCAAACAAGAGUUUUUUUUUAGUUUUGUGACCUGCUAACUAUCGGCGACAAAUUUGAGACAAUAUUUUGUGAAUAGUAACUAGUCCCAAAUUGAUACUUUACUUCAGAGCCGCUCAAAAUAAUGCGCAAUUUAUUUACCAACGCAUACAAUCACACAUUUGAUAUCUGCUAGCGUAUGAUUGUGUGCGCGCGCUUGCUUAGUACACUGAGUGAAAUCGUGCUAUUUGGUUAUUUUGUUAUUAAAAAUUUAGAAAAAAAUAAAAAUUUUAUGGUUUUUGAUUAAAAAAGCAAUUAAGAACAACAAUAAUUUUAAGUUAAUUUUUUUUAACUUUCCAUGAUUUUUUUCAUAUCGACUUCAAGAUCGUAAGUUUUGAUUCUCAUUAAGUUUUCUAUAUGCUUAUUCGAAACUGAACUCCUGUAUUUCGAGUGUAUUUUUGACGCUGGCAGAAUUAGCGUCAUAGCGUACAUGCUUCGACUGCAUUUGCUUGCCUAUACUCCGAGUAUAGGCAUGAAAAAUUUUGAGCGGCUCUGCUUUACUUCAAAAUACUUCAAAUAGUUACUAGAGACUGCUUACUGAAUUGCGCUGUAAGUAUCAUUGGUUUACCUAAAGAAUUUCUCCACUACAGAUUGAGGUAUAAAUAAUAAUACAAUCCAACUAUUAAUUUUGAACACAAUGAUAUAUGGUUCAUUUCGAUCAUAGGUUUGUAUUCAGGUCGCGAUGGUUGCAAAAUGUAUGGUGAAAAACGAAAAUUUAAAUUCCUGAAUCGCAAAUGCUAAUUUACUAAGUAAUUGACAUUUUUUGGCUAAUUUACUUUGUCAUCGCCCAACUUACAGACGUUAUAUGUAUGUGGAAGAAAGCGAGCCAAUAUUAAUGCUUGGCUCUUAUCACGGUCCGCCACAUAUCUUUUCACAUACAUACUUAUGUGUGUGAUCCACUCGUUCCCACACAACCCAUUCACACUUAAUUGCUUAACUCUAACAACGAAAAGCAAAACAAUAAAGGGGUAAAGAAAGUGUAGCGAACCAUUGGCGUGACGUGACGAGCCUUGACUGUUCAUGUGUUGCGCUAAUUGUUAAAUUUUCGGUUUCAUUGGAACCCAUAAAAGAAUACCUUUUACUUCUUCUGAAGCUAGCAUUUUCAGUUGUGUAAGCUUGUGGCUCUUCAACACUUAUAAACGAUUUGCCAGCGGGAAGCAGUGGUAUUUGCAACACCACGGGCUUUCCCCAUUUGCGCACAGUGUGUCAUUUAUUAUUACAUUGACAUAAUACAGAGGCUCCAAUCAAAUGUCCUUAUGCCUGGUUUUCACUAGGUCAUAUUUGACGUCAAAUGCUGUCAAAAUAAUGAAAACGGGUUGUCAUAUGGUGUCAGUUGCGUUUGCCGGCAUAUUUGCCAACGAACGGCAAUUUAAAUUGACAGCGAAAUGAAAAAAAUCAAAAUACGUUAUGUGGCAACAUUUGACAUCAAAAUUAGAUUUGCCAACAUGUUGGCAAAUUAUUUCCAUUUGCCGCGUGAAUGAUGUGCAAAAAUAAAUACAAAAGAUUUUUCACUUUUCAAGGUAAGUGUUUUAUUAUAUUUUCUAAUUUCAAUUAAUGUAUUAUUUCAACCUUUUUCAGUUUCAAAAUGGCAGAAGAAAUGAGUGCAAAUACAGAAAUGGAAAUUCCAAGCAUCAAGCGGGUGCGAAAAAUGAAAACAAAGUGGACAGCGGAGGAGACUGAGCAACUUAUUCAAGAAGUGGAGUCAAGGGAAGGAACCUGGAAUUUCCUUUCUGCGGAUUAUCGCGAUAGGAAUUUGCGUGAGGCUCAGUGGCAUGAAGUGGCAGAAACACUAAAUAUGCCACGAGCCGAAGUAUCAGCCAAGUGGAACAGCCUUCGUUGUUCUUUUCGCGCGGCCUUCAACCGAAGGGCUCAGACAAAAAGUGGACAAGGUGCUGGAAGAACGACUACCAUGAACCCACUCUACAAUUCGCUAAAGUUCCUCGAGCCUACAUUAAAUGUUGAAGCGAGCACCACUUCAAAUUUAAUAAAUGACAGCUCGUCGACCCUGACCACUCCAACAAUAUUGUUUGAGUCGGAAACGGUAUCUGGCGAUAUACCACCAACGCCAUCUACAUCACGACCCAAUUCAAGGAAACGUCGUUUUGAAAAAACCAACGAUCGAUACAUUGAAGUAGUUCAACGUGCGCUGGAGACCCUCACAUCUGCUACAAAAACUGAUGCUUGGGAUGAUUUAGGCAACUUUGUGGCAUCAAACGGCCGUGAGUGGGACCAAGAAUCUCCACAACUGGACAGAGAAUUCAAGCAGGACAUAUGUGAAUUAAUAUUCAAGUAUCAGCAGAAAUUCCAAGAUAGACGAAAUUAUCUACAACUUCAAAGUUAUGACUGUCAACAGUGGUCAUGUUGCCCGAAUGGACGAAAACACUCCAGCUCUGAAAGUAUUCGACGCUGUACCCGCCGGGGGAAGCAGAGGAAGAGGAAGACCUCCACUCCGUUGGAAGGACCAAGUGGAGAAGGACCUGGCUUCGCUUGGAAUAUCCAAUUGGCGCCACGUAGCGAAGAGAAGAAACGACUGGCGCGCUGUUGUUGACUCGGCUAUAAUCGCGUAAGCGGUGUCUACGCCAGUAAAGAAGAAGAGAUCAGCAGAAAUUCACACGGUAAAAACAGUUGCAGUAUUUUAUAUGUAAUAAAACAUAAUUUUGCUGUUAUUUUAUAGCUCAGCAUAAUGCCGUUUAAAUAUAAAAUCUUUAACUAGUCACUAUACUAUAGUCAAAUGAAAUGAUGUACCUAAUGUUCCUUUUUUAUAUCUUUUUAUAUAUUUUUUUAAAUGAACUUUGUAUUUUUAUAAUUAGUAACAAAAA